AUGUUUCUGCCUCGUGAGGAGUCGGAUGAUCUGGAAAAAAAGGGCCAAUCUGUCAUUGAGCAAGUAACCUACAAUAAGCGGUCGGAAUUCGUCCAAUUACUGUUCGAUGUCAAGCCCACGGCCAUUACGAAUUUCCCUGGAAUCGAGUCAUUCUGCGACUACUUGGAGCAUGAUGCUUUCCAGCCAUUGAUGGGUCCAACCUUUGGUUUGAUUUGGGGCAUGAUAUCCUGUGCGAAUCCCAAAGAGAUAGCAGACUGCUGGGACUGGAGUCUUGCAGUAUUGCAGGUGCUACGAUCAGAACAAUCAGGAAUCAGCAUACACGACCUGUUUCAGCGCCUCGAGCAGAGUGGGAACUCCAAGCAGAAACUGGGACCGGAGCAGGACAAGAGCUACGUCUACAUUGCCAUCUUUGGGGUUUUGUGUUGGUCAAGCCUGGUUGUGCGGCCCAGGUUGAUCUUCACAGACGAUGUAGCGCCGAACUUAACAUGUCUCCUGCCACUCGGGUUCAAAUCGACCAACGCUUCCACUUCCCACAGAAUAAGCGACAGGUGUAUGCGACCAAUUCUGACCACCUUUCGGUCAUUCAAGCCACAGCACUGGGGUGACCAGUCAGAUGACCGUACACAGAUUGGAGCGACAGAGAUGGACAGCCUAUACCAGGCAAGUCUUAACAUCCAUGUACUACGCCACUUUGGAAAGGUCACGAUUCAAUGGGUCGAUACCAUCAGCGAGCAUCUCCGAUUCAAUCCAGCUAACCGCCGGCUGUCCUUGUUUCGCUUUCCGACAUUCUGCGCAUUGCUUGUCAUCCAUGGAGAUAACGUUUGCUCAGCGAUUCGAAGUGUUGCCGACCAAUUCGACCCCUUGUCCCAGGAGGAUAGAGAUCAGUGUUGCGUCAGUCUGGAGCAAGAGAUUAUACUCUCCUAUCGUCUUCUGUUUGGACAAGAUGGCAAGUCCAGAAAGCUUGCACGUGGAGAAGUCUGUAAGUUGAAGAGCUCGUUAGCAAAGCAGAAUGUGGACGUCAUGCUCUUGGAUCUCUGCGAGCGCAAGUACGAGCACGGCAGUCUGUGGUGGAAGAGGUACGACAAAGUCCUGCGAAGCUAUCCUUCAGAGAUAUGGCCAAUCACAUGUCGGACCAUAGAAGGGCAUCUCCAGCAAAACGACGUGUACAACGCUCGAGAUAGCUUCCCAAGACUCGGACCACGGUUGAUCAAGCUCCAGCAAUUCAGUUCACGUCAGCGUCCCAGCAAGUUGACUGAUCUGUGGCGCGACAGGCGAAAUCCUCUGCAAUGGUACACAUUCUGGGCUGUGUUGCUGGUUGGGGGCGUGGCGAACGUCCUGGCAGCGCUUCAGCUUGCGGUUGGUGUUGCUCAAUUGAAAGCCUCGUUGUAG